AUGUUCUCUAUGUCUAAGCAAAACAAUAAUCGCAUGGAUUGCGAACCACAAGUGAAUCCAAGUGUCGAGACUAAGCCCUCACACUAUCCGCAACUUUCAGCUCCUAAUCCACUUCAUGGACAGACAUCGCAGACAUCAUCGCAACCAAUAUUGGUCUCUGAAUCCAUGACAAGCUGUUCACCACAAAUCAGUUCAUCGGCCACUUCAGGAUUUCUACAGCAAAAACUCACUCAACCGUUGACUGCAUUAUUAAAACAGAGAUCUGAACAUAAAAAUAGUAAUAUCUCUCAGUUCUUCAUUCACUUUAAGGGGAUUGAAUGGAGAGAAGAACAACUCAAAUACCAAAUGCCUUCACAUGACUUACAGAUGUUUAAACUUCAGACAAAUGAAGUGAAGUUUGUUCGCAAUCAGCAAAGGAAGGCUCAAAUCAAACCACAACUCUUUCUCAACAAAACUAUCAAUUAUUGCUUUAAAUGCAGAACUGCUAUAGAAAACGGUUCAUACGGUGUGAAGAUCUCAGUGAUUAAGAAUGGAAACCAGAAUAUCGGGUACACCACUACUGCCGAUGAGGAGGAAUCCGCCGCUUCCAAAGUGAUCCCUUCAGACCCAACCCAUCCCACACUCAAUGGCUCGACAGCUCUCUAUCACAUCCAGUGCUUUACAUGCGAAGAAUGUCAAGAGGUUUUGGUUGAUCUGAAGGCCUAUCUCUACACUAACAGCGAUUCAACUGAUGGCUCAAGAAUUGUGAAUACACUGUAUUGUAGCCGUCAUUUCGUUGAGUUAUUCAAACCCCGGUGUCAAUCAUGUGAUCACUUGAUCUUUGAUGAGGAGUGUACUGAAGCCGAGGGGAAGGCCUGGCAUUUGGGACACUUUGCCUGCAAUGAAUGCAAACGAUCGUUAGGCGGACAGCAGUAUAUUAUGGCCGAUCCCUCCAAACAGAGCGAUAAGAAAGCACUGAAUGCGACAAAUCCUCAAAUACCGGAGCGAAAGAAACAACAGUUACCGUAUUGUUUGACGUGUUUUGACAUACUUUUCGGUGAAUUGUGCGAAGAGUGCGGAGAACUAAUAGGAUGUGAUGUCGGCGCCAUUUCACACGAGGGCAGAUCAUGGCAUGCCAUCGAUGGCUGCUUUAAAUGCAAUCAAUGUUCAAAACCAUUACUCGGAAAACCAUUUCUACCCGCUUUUGACGGAAGGAUCUACUGUUCGAUCACUUGUUCCCAACAAACCAUUCAAAGGAAUAGAAAUCGGGACCGAAGAAAGCAAAGGCCGCCACACAAUAGUGUCGCCAUUUCCAUUGAAGACAAUCACAUCUCACAAACAAAUGUCACAAACUUUAACCAAAACUUUACGAAUAAUAUAAUGAAUCAACAAAUGCUUGAUUACAUCCAAAGAUACCAACAGUUCAGCAGAGCUCCGGAUUAUGUGAUGGAGUAUAUGAAACAGCAGCUGAUCCAGAAUGGCAUCAAUGGUGGCAACGAUAUAAUCGGUGCCACAAUUGAGUGCGGAAGCAGUUUGAGUGAAGACGAGCGCACAAACCAUCACGUCGUCGACCAUAAGAUACUCACCACAAACCACAACAAUAAUUACAAUCAGAUGACAUCAAAGACAUCAUCAGAUUCUUCUAGUCUUAACGUAAACACAUUUGACGCUAACAAUAGUGCUGUCAAUAGGAAUGCAAUGAAAUACAACCCAUCCAUCACUUCAUCAUCUAAUGAGACGACACCUCUUCUGCUCAGAUCACUGGAAGAGAAGGCAAAACAAUUGACACAAACCCGCAAUCAAACCAAACAAUUGUCUCACAACACGAAGAUCUUUAGCGAACAAUCUCUGCCACAAAGCGAAUCGCCGUCACAGACAUCGCAAGCGGACCAGUCGUCCAACAGUUCAAUCAUCGACAACAAUAACUCAACGAUCAGAUCAAUUAAUGCAGACGUCAUACAAGACGUGAGGAAUAGUGUGGAAGUGGACACACCAUCCACUCAAUCAACGGCUCUUCAGUCGACGUCAUCGCAAACCACUCCCGAAAUAAACCCGCGUUUGGCUAAUAACCAGAAAUCGGUGACAUUUGAUCCGAGCGUUAAGGAGACAACGGGAACGCGAAGAGUGAAUCGCAAUCGACGGUCGAGACCAACGAAACGACACGAAUGGAGUGAUAAUCACUCGUGUUCUACAUGUAGUACUUGUUCCUCGUCUUCGUCUUCCAGUGACGACAACUUUGAUUACGAGUCCACUCUCGAGAGGAAUCGAAACCAAUGGUUGGGAACCAAAAUACAGUACGUAUCCAACGAUCGCAAGAAGAAUGUCACCAAUGCAAUGAUCAGAAGACCCGCUAAUGUGUCCAAUGGUUUGCUCGCACUUCUAGUGGCCUUUGGUAUCGGAUCCGGUUAUUACAUCUUUGAGCCCACCGUUCGGGACCUGAUCAUCGAAAAGAGCCGACGUGACCAACAAUUAGGACCCGUCACUGACGGACACAUUAUCGCAGAGAAGAUCAUCGAAAAGAAAUAG